ACUGAUAUGUCUACGUCCAAAAAUCAAAAGACUUUCAAAUAUAGUAUUAAAGACAAAGAUGAUUCCGAUGAAGAAUAUAUGCCUUCAUAUGAGAGUGAUGAUAACGAAAAUAAUUUACAAGCAGCUGGAUUUCAGAGAGUAUGGAGCGAAAAAGAUGAGAUAAGCAUUUUGGAAGCUUGUCUCAAUUAUUCAUCAGAUUGCGAUGUGUUACUUAGUUUUGUGAAAGACAAACUGGAAGUAGAAACGUCUAAAACACAAUUACAAACUAAAUUAAAAAGGUUGAAAAAUAAAUAUAAGAAAAAUAUUGUCAAAAGAAGCUUUUCUAAACCCCACGAGGAGAAAUUAUUUAAACUAUCAAAGAAAAUUUGGGGAUCACAAGUAAAGUGUAAGAGCAUUAGUGAUGAUCAUUUCGUAUUGAGUGGAGGUAGUGCUGCUGAUUUGGAGGAUUGGUUUAGAAGAAAUCCAGGUCAGUUAAUUAAGGAAAAAGAUAGAAAAGAAAUGUUGGAGAAAUCAGAAUGUGUAAAGAUUGGUAAGGCCCGACAGUAUUUGUUGGAAAUACAAGUGAUGGAGGAACAAACUAACUUAGCUAUUGAUGCUCUCGAAUCUAUCGACAAUUAAUUUAAUGUUUUUUUUUUCUUUUUUUGAAUAUUAUCAGUAUUUUAAUUGAUGUAUUUUUAAUUAAACAAAUGAUUAAUCUAUUUGAAGCAUAUUUAU